UGGGAAUAUUCUUUGUCUUCACCCCCGCAUUACAGCCCUGGACCGAAGGAGGACACAAGCUUCCCACACUAAACUGAAUGGGUUGAUACUGAAGCGGGCUUUUUUUUAAAGAGGAAAAGAAGGAAAAGCUGCCGGAGAGGACAAGUUUUCGGAGCGGUUGGACGGAACGGAGGAUUGAAGUCGCACUUGAAGAUUUGAGAGGCCUCCCCUCAUCCCAGAGGCACAAUGAGCUGGAGCUUCCUUACACGUCUGCUCGACGAGAUUUCCAAUCACUCCACAUUUGUAGGCAAAAUCUGGCUGACGCUUCUCAUUGUCUUCCGCAUCGUGCUGACAGCCGUCGGGGGAGAGUCCAUCUACUAUGAUGAGCAGAGUAAAUUUGUCUGCAACACACAGCAACCUGGUUGCGAGAAUGUGUGCUACGAUGCCUUUGCGCCGCUCUCGCACAUUCGCUUCUGGGUUUUUCAGGUGAUUAUGAUCACCACCCCCACAAUAAUGUAUCUGGGCUUUGCUAUGCAUAAGAUUGCCCGUAUGGAUGAUGAAGAAUACCGGCCGAGAGGGAGGAAGAGGAUGCCUAUGGUGAGCCGUGGCACCAACCGGGACUACGAGGAAGCAGAGGAUAACGGUGAGGAGGACCCCAUGCUGCUGGAGGAGAUUGAGCCAGAGAAGGAGAAGGAAGUGGUGGAAAAGCCAACCAAAAAGCAUGACGGGCGCAGACGUAUCAAACGAGAUGGGCUCAUGAAGGUGUACGUGUUUCAGCUGCUGUCACGUGCCAUCUUCGAAGCCUCAUUCUUAUUUGGCCAGUAUAUCCUGUAUGGCCUGGAAGUGGCGCCGUCGUAUGUGUGCACACGCUCUCCUUGCCCGCACACGGUUGACUGUUUUGUCUCACGCCCAACAGAGAAGACAAUCUUUCUUCUCAUCAUGUAUGCUGUCAGCGCCCUGUGUCUGCUCUUCACAGUGUUGGAGAUCAUCCACCUUGGUAUCAGUGGCAUUCGCGACUGUUUCUGCGCUCCACGGUCUCGACCUCCAACUCCCCGCCACCCAGCCCUGUCCAGCCAGAGACCCUCCCUCUGCCGCCAACCGUCUGCCCCCCCAGGCUACCACACAGCUCUGAAGAAGGACCCGCCUGGAAAGAUGGGCUUCAGGGACAACCUGGGAGACUCCGGCCGUGAGUCGUUCGGGGAUGAGGCUUCGUCUCGGGAGCUGGAGAGGCUGCGGAGGCACCUGAAGCUGGCCCAGCAGCACCUGGAUAUGGCCUACCAGAACGAGGAGAACAGCCCAUCUCGCAGCAGCAGCCCUGAGUCCAACGGCACUGCAGUGGAGCAGAACAGACUAAACUUUGCCCAGGAGAAGCAGAGCAGCACGUGCGACAAAGGUCUCAGAGCCUAGGUCCUCAUCCACCCAGAUGACAAUAAGGACAUAAGGGAAUCUAAACGUGGAGAUGUGUAUGUUUGUGAAUGUGUCUUUGUGAAUUUGCUUGAGGAGGAUGAAGUCAGCCCAAGCUUUUCAGUAUUAGGGCCAGGAUCAAGGUCAAGGAUCAAGUCAAAGGAGGAUAACAGCAUUGCCUAUACAUUCAUACUUGACCCACCAGCCUGUCUAAAGAUCCAAAGUGCUUACAAACUGCCGUUGUGCAGCAAGACCUGUUAUCUAUGCUUCUCCCUCAGGGCAGCUAUCCUGUUUGUAUCGUUCCUUUUUUAAUUUUGAGAUUUAGGAUUACUAGUGGUUCCAUUUUUAUGUUUGUUGGAAGUUCAGAGGAGGUGCAUCUCAAGUUUGCCUUAGACCUAAACUGGAACUCCAUUUUCAGCCAUUCCGUUAUGGUAAGACCAGGCCAACUGUGAUGCAAAAGAAAAACAAAUCAAAAAUCACACGAAACUGUAAGGGCUGAGUCUUGUAUUUUGUGAGGAAGAGAACCACAGCUGAGUCAGUGCUUGUAGAUACAGUAUGAACUGAUAGGCUAAGGGACAAGGCACCACUCAUAGACAACACAAGGUACUGAGGGCUCUGUAAUACUGACACAGACUUUGGGACAUGUUAACUUUUUUUUUUUUUUUUUUAACCUUUCUUCCACGUGUGUCCACUGACAUUUUCAAACAGUUUGGACAAAGUCCUCAGCUUGACUGAUGACUGAUGACUGAUGUGAGCUGUGCAGGUGUGACACACUCAUUUUUUUCCUAUUGUUUUUCCUUGAUAAAUCGUUGGUUAUGUUAGCACUGCAGUCGCCAUUCCCAAGUCUGGUGCCAGCCAUGGUAACUGGAAGAUGCUGGUGGUGCCUUUGUCCAAAGGAAUAAAAAAAAAAAAACCUGGAUAAUGCUUGAAAUACAUGUAAAUUGUGAAAUUGUCUUGUAUUGUUUAAACAUGUAUUUGAUACUUUGUGUAUGUUAGCUUUUGAGUAUUUUUGUUCUUGAGGUAAAAGGCUUUUGCCACUGUGGCUGACAUUAUUCAGUUUGCAAAAAAAAAAAAAAAAUAAUAAUGAUAAUGAUAAUGCUCACUGCUGUUAUGGCUCUGAAUCCCAAUAUUACCGAGGAACUGUUGUGUAUUUAAAACGGUUAAUUUUUUCCCCUUUUUAAAUGAUGAAAAUGGCAUUGAAUCCAUCGCAUUUGGAUAUUUUGUUCCUUAUUAGCUUCAUAUUGUCCUUGACCAGGAAAUGUUACUGGAUCGACACACAUUUGAACUGUUGGUGUCCCACCAGAAUGUUGAAAAGCUGAAAAUGUUUUCAUUUUGAUAGGACCAUAAAAUGCCUUGAAUGCUCUAUACCAUGAUGCCACCAUUUGUAUUCUGAAUCAUACCCACAGUGCCAUGAGUGCAAACUCAAAUGUCAUCUCAAGUUAUUUUUUAAAAAAUGCCUUUUGUACUUUUUGAUACUUUUUGUAUUGAUAGUAUUUUUGUGGUUAGUUUCUAAAAUAAACCUUUUCAACACAUAA